UUUCAUAUCAUCUCUUCUCCCUCUUCCUCUUCUCUCAGUGAAACAGCUUUAGCUAUUAUGGCUUUCUCUACACCAUCAUCACUCGCCAAACUCUCUCUUUUGGUCGCCAUUUCAGCAUCAGCACUCCUCUGCUCUGCUCUCGCCCGUGACUUCUCCAUCAUUGGAUACACACCUGAGCAGUUGUCAUCCACUGAUAACCUCCUAGAGCUCUUUGAGUCAUGGAUGUCAGAGCACAGCAAGGCUUACCAGAGCGUGGAGGAGAAGGUCCACAGGUUCGAGGUGUUCAGGGACAACCUGAUGCAUAUAGACCAGAGGAACAACGAGAUCAGCGAAUACUGGCUCGGGUUGAACGAGUUUGCGGAUUUGACACAUGAAGAGUUCAAGAGGAAGUAUCUCGGACUCGCUAAGCCGCAGUUCUCUAGAAAGAGACAGCCCUCAGGUAACUUCAGGUACAGAGAUGUUACAGACUUGCCUAAGUCAGUUGACUGGAGGAAGAAAGGCGCUGUGACUCCUGUCAAGAACCAGGGCUCAUGUGGUAGUUGUUGGGCGUUUUCGACAGUUGCAGCUGUUGAGGGGAUCCACCAGAUCACAACAGGGAACCUGAGCUCGCUUUCGGAGCAAGAACUCAUAGACUGUGACACAACUUACAACAAUGGUUGCAAUGGAGGUCUCAUGGACUACGCGUUCCAGUACAUUAUUUCCACAGGUGGUCUCCACAAAGAAGACGAUUACCCUUAUCUCAUGGAGGAAGGCAUUUGCCAAGAGCAGAAGGAGGAUGUAGAAGUUGUGACAAUCAGCGGCUACGAAGAUGUCCCACAAAACAGUGAUGAAAGCCUGGUGAAGGCUUUAGCUCAUCAACCAGUUAGUGUGGCUAUUGAGGCUUCAGGAAGAGACUUCCAGUUCUACAAAGGGGGAGUGUUUAAUGGGAAGUGUGGAACAGAACUAGACCAUGGUGUAGCUGCAGUUGGGUACGGUUCAUCAAAGGGAUCUGACUAUGUUAUUGUGAAGAACUCAUGGGGACCAAGAUGGGGAGAGAAAGGGUUCAUUAGGAUGAAGAGAAACACUGGUAAACCAGAGGGAAUCUGCGGAAUCAACAAGAUGGCUUCAUAUCCUACCAAGACCAACUAAGAGACAUAUAUCUAUUUUCUGCUACUGCUUUCAACGUUUUUCUUU